GCAACGCUUCUCCUAUCCUCUCCUCCUUUCUUCCUCCUCCCACCUCCGCGCGACACGCCCUUUAUAUACGCCAGCUCCCUCCUCUGCGACGCCUCCCACCCUUUUCAUCAGGUCGUCAUCGAAGCACCAGUAGCAAGAACGCCCCGGCUUUGAGAUCGGCGAUCGCGUGCAGUUUCUUGGGGUACAGCAUUGAUCGAAGCAGGGAGAGGAUCGAGGAUGCAGUCGCAGCCGCAGUACCGGUCCUCCUACUACGCCGUGCUCGGCGUCCACCCCCGCGCGUCCGCCGCCGAGAUACGCGCCGCGUACCAGCGCCUCGCCAUGAGGUGGCACCCGGACAAGAUCGCCAGUGGCCGUGCGGAUCCGGCGCGCGCGGAGGAGGCCAAGGCCAGGUUCCAGCAGAUACACGAGGCGUACAAGGUGUUGUCGGACGAGAAGAGGAGGGCGCUCUACGAUGCCGGGAUGUACGAUCCCCUGGACGACGACCAAGAGGAGGUCGAGGGUUUCCACGAUUUCCUUCAGGAGAUGCUCUCGCUCAUGGCCGCAGUUGGUCGGGAGGAACCCGUGUAUUCCCUGGGCGAACUCCAGUCCAUGCUCAACGGGAUGAUGCAGGAUUUCGCCUCGCCCCAGCCCACUCCACCGCCACCAAGCAGCUUCUUCGCCAACGCUGCUCCAUCGACGCGGCCCAGCGGUGGGCAGCAGCAGCGUCGAUCAUCCUCGAGCGUGCGGCCCCAGGGAUUCAGCAGCUCAGCGUGCUUCACCCGGACGGCUUUCUCUGGCUGCUAAGCAUUUGGGUCCGGUGAUCUGCAUUGUAAUCCGUGCAGCCAGGUGCUCAUAGCUACGACUUGGUUCAGGAAUCACAAGGAUCGCCGAUGUGAAGGCACUGACUGAAUUGCAGAUUCAGGGAGGUCAUCGGGGAUGUCGAACGCUCCUGCCAUGCAACGGAUCAGGGGAAUAAAGUAGAUUGCAAAUAGGUUUCCAAUUGACGAGGGCAUUUUUGUUCUUCGUUCUGGUUUUUGCGUGGAUAGGUGUACAUAGAUCGACGACCACCUCAUUCUGUACGAUCGUGGGACAUUAGGAAUUGGUGUUGCAUUUGUACAGAUCUUGAUCCUGUUGCGUGUGUCUAGUGACAAUUUGAAGAUGCGGGCCAUAUUUUCUUCGCUUGCUCUAUUGCAAAAUUCGCCUGGAGUGCAAUUCGUGAGAUCCUCGACUGUAACUGGAACCCUGGAAACUUCCCACAGUUCCAUGCUAUUCUUUCCAACCUUGCGGGAAGGGCCCGUAGGCUUUUGUGGUUUCUCUUUCUCGCCCAAUCUUGGGCCCUGUGGAACAUUCGUAAUAAACUCACUAUUGAAAAGAAAGUGAUUAACCAUCCCGCUAACGUGAUUUUCAAAACUGCUCUCUUUAUACAGCUGUGGAGCGUCAAGGCAAAGUCAAGCGACAGGGAGGACCUCCGGUGGGUGGAGAAUAAGCUGAGGGAGCUAUACGCCGCCGUGAGACCAGGACAACCAAGCCAGUGAAGACUUAGUAUAUCUUGUCCCUGGAGCAUGCCCCUGCUUUCCCUGUGUUUCGUCUUAUCACCGUUGUUCCUCCCCUAGUCUGUUGAUCCAUUUGGCUAAGCUGUAUGCCGCAGCACUGUAAACCUUGUUGAACCUGAGGGCUUUAUUAAUUUAAAGUCGGGCACGCUGUUGCCUUUUAUCUAAAAAAGUGACAAUUUGAAGAAGUUAAGUCGGGAUGUUUUGCACCGUGGUGUAUUUACUUCAACUGUAACGAUAGAUGACACGUUUGGUUCCAAUAAAAAGACAGACAGAGUACGUGUCUUGCUCUAGAA